CGGAGAGCACGCGCCGUUCGGAGCGCCGCUCUCACUCGCCUUCGCUAGCGCGCACGUCAAUUACGUGACACUUCGAGCCGCGGUUUAAAUUUGCGCUAUACAAUACAACGUGCCUGUCUAGUUGAAACAAGUGCCAAAUUUCGCUGCGUCCAAUAAUGUCACAGCGCUUGGCGACGUUUAAUCGUGUUUACACCACAAGAUCUUGCCGGCAGCAGUGUUAUUACGGCAACGGCGUAACGACAACGGAAAACGUGCUCGCUGUCAGUGCUGAUGGCCACGAGGUAGCCCCAGAUUUUACUUUCAGCCACAAGAAUCAUGCCAAGCUGCACAAUUACAAGCAACAAAUAAUUGGUCACACUAUUCAAUCUGUAGAGGAUAUUGAGAAGUGGUUGAGGUUUACAAGUGAGCAUAUUUCAAUUCCAGAGUUAAAUACCAAAAAUACUUCACAAGAUGGCUCUGAGAGAGGCCUGACCGAACAGUUAUCAGAAAUUUCUGAUAAGGAACUCUCGACAGAUAUUGAACUAACAGCUAGGAAAUUAAAUAUUGGCUACGAUGCUAUCUUGGCUAAGCUACAGAAUGAAAAGAUUCUACCAGCAAAUGUAAAAGAUGCAUUUAUAUUACCUAAUUUACAUUUGGAUGAUUUGAUUAUUGCCCAAAAAUUAGUAUCUUCAUAUUCUCAAUCCUGUUGUUCAAAUACAGAUAUCAAUUUUGAAAAUUUAUCAGAUAAAUCACAGGAAAAUGCAUCUAAUGAUGUAAAAGACAUUGUUAAAAUUGCUGAACCAAAAAAUGAAAUUAAAAGCAAGAAACAAAAUCAAGAAUUAAAAAUUAAUAAGACUGAGAUGAUGAAUCAUUUGAAAACAGAUUCAUUUGAUAGUUCUAUUACAAUGAGCAUACAAGAUUUAUCAAUUGAAAAUGAUUCCAGUGAUGGAUCAUCCCAUUCGAAUCAUUGUACCAAUCUUGAAAAUGAGUUUAUCUCAUGUGAGUCUGAAAACUUGAAUCUACCAGUGGUUGCUCAAAAGAAAUCUACAGAGUACAAUACAAGAAAAAAAAGUACAAAUUCUCCUAAUGUUAAGUCUAAAUUUCAGCCUAGUAUAGUAAAACGUAAAAGAAAAGUAAAUAAUCAAGAGAGUACUCUUAAUACAGUGUCAACUGAGUAUCUACUAAAAGAAGAACCUUUAAAUGAAACUGAUAAAACAUUUGCAAAAAAAUCUCCGAAAUCGUCAACGUACGAUUCUUCAGGAAGCGAAUCAGACGAUUUAUACAAGGGUAGACCUCCACCGUUCGUUACUGACCAAGAAUUAAUUAUUUCAAAAGCACUGGAAGAAGUUGGGAUAACUGAAGAUUCUUUAGAAUUUUUUUACAACUCAAUGAAUAUGAAAACGUGGAAAUGUCAUUUAGGAAAUUGCGGUCGAACUUUCGCUAAAUUAUGUUAUCUAAAGGUUCAUUUAAUGGCACAUAUGAACAUAAAACCAUUUAAGUGUGAUUAUUCUAGCUGUUCUUGGGCAUUUUACUCGGAAUUCAAGCUUAAACGCCAUAAGAAAACUCAUCUAAAUAAGAAAGACUACGUUUGUCCUGUACCUGGCUGCCAGCGAAGAUUCACGACGAUCUACAACCUCGCCAGUCACGAGAAACUUCACACGCGUCCUAACAAGAUUGCAUGUCAAGUAACUGAGUGUACCGCCAAAUUUCAAACGAAACGUGCCCUCGAGAAUCACAUGAAAUGUCACAACCAAAUUCUCGCUCCAUACGCUUGUAAUUAUGAUGGUUGCAAUAAACGAUUUUACAGCAGUAAUGCUUUGAUGACUCACCAACGAUGCCACAACUACACGGAGGAAGACCUUACGUGCUCAUGGCCUGGUUGCGGUAAAAUUUUUGAUCAGCCUUGUAGGAAGAGGGCUCAUAUGCGUUCGCACACAGGGCAAAAGCCUUACGUGUGUACUUUCGAAGACUGUGACUGGGCAUUUUCUACGUCGAGCAAGUUGAAGAGACACCAGAAGAAACACACUAAUGAUCGCAAGUUCAUAUGUGAUGAAGACGGUUGCACUAAAACUUUCAUGCGAUCUCAGCAUUUGAAAGAGCACAAACUCACGCAUACCAAAAAAAUAUCAUUUCGGUGCUAUCAUUGUGAUACCAGUUUCGCUGCUAAAAGUAGUCUAUACGUUCACAUGAAGAUUCACAUGAGCACUGAUUACAUACUCAAAUUACAGGAAAAAGAUGACAUCGAUAAAUAUACGCGCUUGCUGAGUAUUCCCAAGGAAAAAAGUUCUAAUGAAAGUUCUGGAUCUGAAAGCAUACUACGUGAAGAGACUGAAAAUAUUUCUGUUGCUCCGGAAUGCACAGAGAUGCCUACUGCAAAUGUAGUGUUACACAAAAUGUACAAAUGUCCAAACGAGUCCUGUUCGAAAUGGUAUUCACACAGGUCGAGUUUGCGGGUACAUAUGAAUAAGCAUACUUUGCCACUUUCAGAAAUCCAAAAUGACAAUGAAGUUAAUCUUGAAGAAAAUGCCAUUUCAAAUUUGUCAAUACCGAAACCGAACGAAGGUGCAGCGAGAACUGCAUUCACCUGCGAAUACGUUUUGAGCUUGAAACCCGACCGACAAAUCACUGGCUUAAAUGAAGUAGGCACUGUUGAAUUGUCGGAAGGUUUACUAUUUAACAAAUCUGUGCCUUCGAUUUACUUCCAAGACGAUGUCACUUUGUCGACAUAUUAAAUAUUACUCGAUACCAAUCCUGCCGACGGUGAGCAGGUGUUAGCUAAACAGUCAGUUCCUACAAUACCUACCAUUGGAUGGAUCUUCAAACGUUCUUACUUCUUUGUGUCUGCUUUAUGCUCAUGAUUUUUAUUUCCUUGACAUUCAAAACAAAAAUAACAUUUAUAUAUUUUUUUUUCCAUGUCGAUAUAAAUUAUUGUUAAUUAUUGAUUAACAUGGUCGAAUUUACUUUUUAUAUUGAAAAUCUUUUGAUUUUAAUUAUUUAGCAUAGCUAUGUACAAUUAAAAUCGAGUUAAAAAAGAUAUUGCCUAUAAAUAUCUUUUUUAUAAUGAAAAAAAUAGCAGCUGUAGACGUAUAAUUAUUUUUUUUAAUAACUUCGAUUCGUUAAUAAGUUUCUACGAUAUUUGAAAUGAAGAGUUAUGAUUUUUUGUGCCUUAUAAAUGGAUAAAUCGUUAAAACGUAAUAUCAUGGUAUGAAACUCAACAAAACGAUCUAUCCAAUGUUUAAAACACUAGAAUUAACAACAAAAAAUACAUUUUUACAAAAUCUAUUUUUUUGAAAAAUUUGUUCGAUUAUUGCAAUCAUUAUUUCAUCACCGAGUUGUUAAUCUAAAGAUGCAAGUGUUCAAUUUGACAUUUACAGAUUCAAUUAGUAAUUUAUCUAUUUCCUUACUUUUUGCCACGUAGAUUUUUUUACUUAAAACUCUUGAAAUGUACUUCAUAGAAUAUAAGCUUUUUUUACAUACGCGUAGCUUUUGUCUUGUUUAUACAGAGAUAAUGUAAGUUUAAAAAUUAUCUUUAUAUAAGACAUUUUAUCUCGAAAUAAUUGAUUCGAUCAUAAUUUUGUUUUCUUUUUGUUAGUAAUAACUUAUAAAAUUGCCCAGUGAGUUAUAUGUUGAUGUAACUUUUUGUAAACUUAUACUAUAGUUUAAGUUACCUUUGUAGUUGACCCAGUCUAUACGACUUUAAACCAGUUCAAAAAAUGUUCAAUUAGUAGGAUUAAGACGUUGAAUACAUACAUAGUGCUUUAAAGAGACCAAAUUUACUAAUAACUACUACACCCUUUAAACAAAGGAUAUUUAAAUUGCCAUAUAAUCUUAUUGAUUUUUAUGUGGAGCUGCAAUCAUAUUUUUGAAUAUAGCUAUUAUAGAUUAUAAAAAUGCUUUCGAUUGCAAAUACGAAAAACCAUGUAUCGAUUAAAAUGUACUAUUGACAAUGUUGAAAUUUAAAAAACAAUUUAAUACUCCACGUUAAAUUAAAAAGCCUGUGAUGGAAUAUAUACAUAUGUUAGUUC